UAGAACUUGGAAUGUUAGACUGGUUUCCUUGGGAACGAACCAGCAUAAAAGCAGCAGUUAACGUCUUAUACUUUGUGGAGUUUGUGAAAUCGGUGAACAUUCCUCAUGGCAGGCGAGAACCAAAAAAGCAGCCUCAAGGACCUGUUAGACAGAAUGGAAAAGGCCCACAAAGCUGACAUUCAGCUUUACACCUCUGGCCACCUGAACCAUGACAAGCUUUACAAGCCCCAGCAAUGGAUCAAGAACAACUUUUGGGAAAGCCAAAAAUCUGCACUAAUUCUCACAAAAAGAACCAAUUUCACAACACCCAGUGUGGUAUCCAGAAAGACACAAGCUACCUUGAGCAGCUUUGUGGACUCAACACCCACACCCACCCGUGCCAAAUCUGCUUCUCAGUCAUGUUUUCAACCUCGGGCAUUCAAGGCCAGCUACAGAUCUCCAGUGAGCACUUCCCUCAAUUCCACAUCUUUCAAACAGCAAAGAAAGAAGGAUGCUGAGGAGGCAAAGGAGGAACUGGGCAUUUUUCAAGAGCAACUUAUUAGGGAAGAGCUGGAGGUUCCAGAGAUGAGAACGUUGAAAUACAAACCGACAAUCAACAGUCGGCUUUGUGCCAUGGAGGAGACGAAAGAUGAAUACCAAUUCUUUCCUUCUUACUUGGCUGGUGUGACCAGAACGGACCAGUUUCGCAAGUUCAUGCAGUUUCAGAAGGAUGUGAUCGCAAAGCAAGAUUUGCUGAAGAAUGACUUUAUUGGGAGCGAUUCAGCAGAGCACCAUGAAAGGACGUUGGCUCAGGCGCUUCGGAAUAUCUGCGACUGCAGCCGGCCUCAUUUCAACCGGUUGCAGGCUGUUGGUGACGUUUUUGAAGAUAUCUGCAACAGUUCUUUGAUAUUUGGUGACAUACUGAAGGAAGUGAAAACUGAAUAUGAACUCUACAUGCUGAUCCUGCUGGAAUCUCUCCCUACAAUGCAGUACAGAACCUUGCAGAAUGAAGUCAAAGGCAUGGAGAAGAGGGCAGCGAUGACUCAUGAAAUAGAAGAGAAUAGGCAGGAGGUACAGGAUCUUGUGCAGAAAUCCAGACUGGCUUUAGCAAGAAACGAAGAAUUAAGAAAUGAAUUGGAAAUGGAGCUGUGGAUGAGCCAGUCUUAUGAAAAAAUGACAGAAAAGGAACGGGAGGAGGCGUGCAAAGCACAGACUCCUGUCCUUUCCAACGCUGAGCUACUUGCAUCCUUGCGAUGCCAAGUUAUCACGACAUGGGAGGAAAUCCAAGCAAUGCAAAAAGAAAUUAAGGAAACGAUGGCGGUUGCUGGCAUCGCCAACAUCCGAGAAAAGACCGUUAAAGAAUUAGAGGGUGAAGCAUCAAAGCUCCAGGCAUCUAACAAGUUUCUUAAAAGACAAAUAGGAGAUGCUGAACAGACAAUCACAAGUGCAUUACAGAGGCAGAAGUUUAGUGAGAAAAGCCAGCGGCAUCUGUGGGGGAUGGUGGAGGACUUCUUGACACCUGAAGGAACAGAAAGAUGCUUUGUGCCACUAGAACAAUCAUCUUCUGAUGAUUCUUUGUGAUAAGAAUGAAACAGUACUGUGAAAAAUGAAUGAUGAGAGAUAUUUGAACUUGUGCAUUGUAUGCUACUUGAAAAAACAAACAUACCAGAAAUAUGUCUCUAUUCUUUAGCAUAUGUGAACAUGUAUUAUGACUCUAUAAAAUGCUAAUUCGGUUUCCCAUAGGUUGCUUCUUGUUCUGACAGAAAAUUUCCCACCAUACUUGAAGUUUGCUGUGGCAAAUCUGGGUUCAGUUGCCAUAAACAACUGAAAACUGAUUAAUUACUUUCCUUUACCCAAGAAGUAAAGUGAAUGGCAGAUAGAUGAUACAGCAGUUACAAAAUAUGUACUAUUUUCUACUUCAAAAUUAAGUCUAGAGUAAUCUUUCAAACAUUUCAGUGGAGUACUUGGAUGGUUUGACUGUAAGGAUAUUUUCCACUGUGACUUUGAUUUAUUCCCCUUAAAUGGCACAUAUAAAAUCAAUCCACUGACUGUGUCAUUAAAAUCACACACUAGCCCAUCUUCUUCCAAUACACGUUCUCAAUCUUCCAUACAAUUAGGUUUACGUGUGAUUUGAUUUUGGAAAUAUUUAUGUGCCCUCCUCCCCAACCACUGUACAAUUCUGUUUAUGCUACUGCCAUUGUUGCUGUCUUUAAAAAACCAGCUGGUGCAAAGGACCAAUUUACUAAUUCAUGUGGCAUAAGUCUCAAAGUAGUUUGUGCAAUUUUUUGUUUACUGGAGAGUCUAUCAGAAAAAAAGACUAGCUCACAUCCAUUACAAUUUCUUUGAUAACCCCCCAAAUCCUUUGUACCAUUAUAGGAUUCAAUGUUUAUUAGCUUCUUGGAGCAAAUCAUCCAAGACACUGCAAUAGAGAUGAACAAUUCCUUUUCCUGAUAGACCCCUCACAAAGAGCUCAUUGCUUGAAAUGCAUUGUGAUUUAUUUGAACCACAUUAAUAAAUUGGCCUCUCUUCCCUGUU